AUGUCAACGCUGCAACAACUUUCGGGCCUAUCGGCCCCAUUUUUGCCGGGAUCAGCUCUCAGCGUGCCGCAGUGGGCAAGCUCUCCAUCAUCUGGGCAGAAAUGGAUUGAUCCGGCAAAGGUUGCUGCGAUGCUACCAAUGUAUCAGGUCUUCACUGGGGUCAAAGGAUUGGACAUAUCGCAACCUGAAUUGAUUAGCGAGCAAGGUAAUGCUCCUGCAAGCACCCCACCUUCUUCUACCACUUCUUCAUCUUCGAGGUAUCCUGGUGCCGUAGUCAAGAGGAAUCGUACGAAAUCUCCCAUCAUAUGUCGCUCACCGCUAUCCGUUGCACAAAAUUCACCACAUGGAGGGCCCUUAUCCAAAGGUUCAUCGCCUCACCCAUCGGUAUCCACUUCUCAGGAUGUUGACGUGGAUGUUUGUCCCCAAACAUCCAAUCAAACUCAAGCUUAUGACCUCACUAUACGGCGCAGCUCUCCUGCCAAUGUUCCAAAUGCAGGGAAUUCUCAUGAUUUCGAUCAACCUUCGGUAUCAUCCAAGUCUAGUUCUGCUCCUGCACAUUCUGUGUCACAGCCAUCAGUAUUGCAAGGCGGUGGACAAUCCAUAGCUGAGGAUAACUGGGCAGGCAUUAUUGAUUUGGGCGAUUUGGACCUCUUCCCUGGAGCACCUUCGAAAGAAAGUGAUACAGAUAUUGCCAACGUCUUCGAAUUAGGAGGGAAUCUCUUUUCCAAUUCUGCACUUGAAUCGCCUCAGAAAUCUAUCUCUUUUACUGCCACAUCAAUCUCCCAAACUGCUGUCAUUCAUACCGAGAUCACGUCUGCUGAUCAAGAAUUCGAUCAAAUAUUCAGCAGCUUAGAGAGCAACACUGCUUCAUCUAAUGCUUUUUCUUUCGACUUUCACGGUAGCGGAAACAAUCCCAGCCUCAGUCCUGUUCAGUUCACCCCUCCUGAUUCCCCUUCUGCUGGUUCUUGUGAACCAAAUAUGAUUGGAUUGUUCACGGAACAGCCUACCUCAUCGAAUAAUGUUGGAUCAUCAUGUGCUCCCUCAAACACACCUACCCAACUUCUUGGAAAUUACAGGAGAAGGAAUGGAUGCUCAAAGCCUAUAGCAGCUCCUUCGCCAUCUUCAUUCAAGAAGGAACCUCUCGUAACGCUUCCUGUACAGAAGUGCAAUAAGAUACCCAUAUACAAACAAAGACGGGUCGACGUUGCAGUAUACUACGAAGGUAGUACGGAAGCAAAAAGAGACGUAAAUGACGCAUAUUCUUUCGAGGACGAGGAAGAGGAUGGCUCUUUUGGGUCGAUUGAUUCUAAGGAGAAAAAUAACACGGAGGCUCAUGAGAAGUUGUCAAAGGCCUCCGGGCAUCAUUCAGAAGGUUCGCAGAAGAACAUUUAUGUGUCUGGUAUAGGAUUCGCAAUUCCUCCUGAUCAGCAGCAUGAACUUUGGAAGCAUGCUCAGAAAAAAAGGUCGUCUAGUGAGAACAAAGCUGCUGUCCCCACUGCCUUUGUUCCGUCACUACACACUGAAUCAAGGAAAUCUACAGCGAAGCGAGCUGAGCCAGAAGUAGUAACUGUUGCUGAGUCGAUUCGCCGAAGACGGAAAGAGCGGCUCGCUAGCAACUUUGUGAAGACGGAACAAUCGAAUGAAAAUGACUGUGCUAAGGAGGACUCAUCAGAGCGUUGUGCCGAACACAUUAAAAAAGAGUUGGAAACCUUACCAAGGCUCCCUAAGAUAAUUAUAAAGCUACCUCGACGUUCUACCGAAAAGUGCUACGAUUCUAAAAGCAAGAAGAAACGGCGGAGAAGAAAGGAGUGUGAUGACGAAUGGAAGGGGAGUGACUGCUCUAAAAGAAAGCGAAUUAGGCGAGAAAAAGGAUAUUCCGGAUAUAAAAUACGAAUUGUGGAACGGCCGCAAGAGGGAGAACACAAGAGGGCAAGAGUUGAGGAGGAGCGAAUAGAUGUGAGGAUGCUCUCUAAGAAACGUCGGCUGAUGAUGCAGUGGCAGGAAGGACAAGAGUAUCACAAUCGUGAAAAUGGCGAACAUAAAGUGAACGUCCCUUCCCGCUUCGUUCAAUCCGUUUGCGAUUUCAACACGGAAACCGUGAAAGCUCGAUUGUCGAAAUUCGGCCAAGCCGAUGGGCAUCUGCCUAAAGGAACGUUUGUGGUUUGCAAGGCAGAUUUGUUUCGAGAUGACUGUGCGUUGUGGAGAGUGGACAAUCAAAAUAUGAUUCAAAAGUAUCCGCCAAGAAUUGAUCCAGCAACAAGGGACAUAUCCUACAAGAACAGCAGCACAUAUUCUGGAUGGUGCGACCAAGUGGCGUUUGGGUAUUAUCGCGUCGCCAUAAAACAUCUCAAGCAGACGCGUUCAGAGGCUAUAAUUCAGCCAGAGAUUCCUAUAUCCGAUCUUUUCCCUGCCAUGACUUCAGAGUAUAAUGAUGCUAGCAGUUUCAUAAAAGGAGACGAUGAGAAUGCUGUUGAUUUCGAGGACCAUGUCUCAAUGCUUCGUGAUCCCCUACGUCUGUCGCUGUACACUUUCGUGCAUGCUAUGAUCAAUCAUGCGCUUACUUUGAAUUUUUUCCAGCAGAUGAGAAGUAAAAAUGACUGGAAUUUCCUGAGAGCGGCGACUGAAAUCGAAAGGAUCAACUCUGACAGCCUAAAGAAGCUCCGUAGUCUUGUGAAGUUCAGUGAAAAGCUCGAGGACGCUAUUCAUUGUUACACGCAACUUUGUAUUACGGAAAGUGACUACCACUCGUUUCAAUGCCAGUGUUGCGCAUUGCGACCUAUUGAACGAAUAAUCCAGUUGUAUUCGCUUGAUUCGUACAACAACGAAACGUUGCAACCAGUGGAAAGGCCUCCAUCGGACUGCAGUCCAUUGCCAGCAGUUGAAUUCUUAGUCUGCCAGCCGUGUUCUAAUUUGUCACAACUUUACCACAGCUGCUUCCAUAUGAAGUAUCACCUGUUAAAAAAAUGCGAGGACAAGCUGGAAAUUCUCGGAACGCAACAUCCAGAGUUCUCACCUGAAAAAACUGUGGAGGCGGCCCGGAAUUGUCGAGUUUGGUUAAAUAGGAUUAUUGCUGAUUACCUGGACAUUUGGAAGAAAGUGCAAAGUCUGGAACCUUGA